AAUUUACUAAAGGGACUGUCAGUGUUCCCUAUGAGAAUCUAUACGCUUGUGGAAAAUCCUGCAUCGGAUCCAAUAAUCUCAUGGGGCAAAGACAACAACAGUUUCGUCAUCUGGAAUCUUGAAGAGUUUAUUCGUAGAUACAUUGUUCACAAGUUCGAUUGCAACAGAUUCUCACAGUUUCACGCUGAUCUUAGGCAUUAUGGCUUUAGAAGAAUCAAGAAGGGAUCUGGGGAAUUGGAAUAUGGACAUGAAGAUUUUGUGAGAGGCCAACCUGAGCGUAUGAAGACGUUGACGCUCAAAGCUUGGAGGAAGAGCAGGGCCAAGUUUGAAGUUAAAGAAGCUGCAGAGGAAAUGCGACGUUUACAGAUUUGAUCAGAUUCAGAAUCAUAUCUCAUCCUGCUGCCUGCUUGCAUGCAUUUAUAUGAAUAACCUUUUCCAUGAGUUUGU